UGGAAGAUAUGUGGACUCAGUCCCACUACAACCUUAGCCAUGUAUUUUGAAGUUGUUAAUCAGCACAAUGCUCCAAUUCCUCAAGGAGGACGAGGUGCAGUCCAGUUUGUCACCCAGUAUCAGCACUCAAGUGGGCAGAGACGUAUCCGAGUGACCACAAUUGCUAGGAACUGGGCAGAUGCUCAAACUCAAAUCCAAAACAUUGCUGCAUCUUUUGACCAGGAAGCAGCUGCCAUUCUCAUGGCCCGGCUGGCAAUAUACAGAGCAGAAACAGAGGAAGGGCCAGAUGUGCUAAGAUGGCUGGACAGACAACUCAUUCGACUGGUAAGAAGCGGACAUUGUGCUUUUCUCAGCUUGUCAGCUUUCCUUUAUAGUAAAUGUCCUUUAAAGCACUUACAGUGGGUGGAAGAACUGUACGAAGAACUAAUUCAAAGUAUGACCUAGUGAAUAGAAGUAUUC